UCUGGAUUUGCGUUUGCUGGCCCUGACGUUGUUGACAAAUAAAGGUAAAGUGAUUUGUUUUACCUAGUCACUAUAUUCCGAACUUCAUUGUAACAAGUCCUUGUAAAGAAUAGAGAUGGAGAUGGAGAUGGAUUGUGGCGAAGAGAAUGAGAUUCUUCAAGAAAAACAAAAUCAGAAUACUGGAGGGCUUGAAGGUUGGACAAAAUGUGACAAAUUCGAUCUACUACAGGCUCUUAAAAUAUAUGGCUCACAUCAUUAUGAAGAAAUUCAAAAGAUGAUGCCCCAUAAAUCUAUUAAUGAAAUAAAAACUAUGAUUGAAUACUAUCGGCAGAAAGCAAAGUGUCAUCCUUCAAUCACUGAAAAAACUAAUGAUAAAAAAAUUAUUCAUAGUAUAUCAAAAGUGCCUUUGGCAAUGUGGGCAAAGCUUCUUACAGAAUCUUUGAAUUUUAAUGAACUACAAACUGAGACAGUUUCAGCGUUGCGUUUAAUUGCUGAUUUAGAAGAAAUUCCUUCUCCUGUUUGUACUAAUAAUGUUGAUUUUAAAGAAAUAUAUCUUACAAUAGCUAACGCAAUGGAGGGUAAAACUCUACCAGACGAUCCCACCAUAAAUUCUAUUUUAGAAAAAUGUAUAAUUGAAACUGCAUAUACCAGUAAGUCAUUUAUUAGAAAUACUAGUCUCAGAAAUGUUCUUGAUUCUAUUAAUAUAUCGGAAAAGGAAAUAAUUUCAUUUCCUAGACCAACAGAUAACAUAGAAUUAGCGACACUGCGACAUUUGGUAGCGCAGAGGAACUACAAUCCUUUGAAUAUUUCUGAAGAACAUCUUAAGCCAUCACUACAUGCCCAGCCUAAAUAAGUUCUGUACUUCCAAAAUGUUAAUAAAAUAAAUAAGGUGACUUGAUAAAAAUUCUUUAAUUUAAUAGUUAUUAAAUCACAUUUUCUGUAUCCAGAAUUACAAUAAUUAACUGUUGUAAACAAUUUUAAUCAGUAGUAAAGUAUAUACUUCCACAAUACUUAAUUCCCUCAGA